AUGGGUAUAUUUAGGGUAUUCCCAAAAUUCUAUCGAAGCCCGUUUUUGGAACGUCGCCAAACUGGACAGCAGCCGAGGGCGGCUGCGGAGGGCGAUCGGCAAGAGGCGGGGCCAAGUGUCGAAAGUGGGCGGAGUGAUGUGGAGUCCCCGCCCCCGCAACGAGUGACGUAUACCGGCGAGACAGCAUCGACAAACUUCGACGACGACGGGCCGGACCGGGCCACCACCGGAUCAGUGCAGCAGGUCUCCAAGUACGUCGUAACCCGAGAGGAGGCGGAGCCAACAAGGACUAGUGGGUGUGGUUUGGACGACAGCCAAGAAUUAGUCGUGGCGAGAGACGACGAUGAAUGCGCAUUGCGCGAAUUCGUCUCGGAAUUAGUCGAAGUGAGUGACAACUUUAAUUAUUAUUAUUAUUUAUUGUUUGGCCCAUUGGUUUGA